CGCUCGCCAAACAGCCACCAUGGCGCCCAUCGCAAUGUCUUCUAGCGAAACGCGUAGUCAAAUCCCAGGACUUCACAACUUCCUCGCUGUUUUCAGCAAUCUACUACUCCUCGGAAGUGACGUUAUCAAGCACGCGCUCGCGCAAUAUGUGGAUUCCAGAGGGUUCAGUCCAGUCGUCUUUUCUUUCGAUUGGGUCCUGUAUUCGGUCAAGGCGCUCCUCUCUGUUGCCGGCGGGCGUAGGCUUAUGCCUAAGGCCGAUUGUAGUUGCAAGGUCGUCAACGGCACAAGCGGUUACAUGAGGGACAAUACCAGUGGGAAGUUGGUCGAGCUCAAGGGAGACGAUGCGAACGCGGAACGGCCGCAGCAAGCAGGGCUUGUUGUUUCGGUGUACAAACCAAUAGGCGAUGAAGUCGGCGUAGUCAGACAGCGCCGUCGAGACUGGAUAAAACGGAUCGCGAUCGGUGUAGUGCUGAUUCAACUGGGCCUUGCCUUUGGAUCACCUCUCGCAUUCCCUGGGAAUGUACUUGCCAUCAAAACCGGCAUUCUUCCACAAUGGAGAGAGACAUGGGCUUGCCGCCGGCGGGGCAAAGAUCCGUAUAUUGUGAUGCGCGGCAACGGCGCUCAACAUGCCAUUGUUGUGCUCGGAACUGGUGAAGGCUUUAACCUGGAGGAUCUGGCUUCUGGAGGUGUGGAUGUCGAGCUUGAUUGGGAGACUCAAAUUUUUCUUGCGCUUUACGCAGUCUUGUGGGUUGCGCUCCUCAUCACUGCCGCCUGGUUUGAUUCGCGAAACUGGUUCAUUUUGAUCAUCGGACUGGUCGGCACUAUUCAAAACGUCUUGGCGGCAAGCAUGGCACGAACCCCGGAGGAUUAUGGCAUUCCUCUCAAGUUUAAGACCUUGUACGGUGAGAUAGGAGCGAUGAUUACUCUGUUAGCUGUUGAAAAACAUUACCGACACAUAGGACAAAGUAUGUUGGGGGAGUUCUUUCCUGGGAAGCUCAAGCCCGAGGAGGAAAGAAUUGGCAGAAUCUCGAAGCCAGAUGCCUCGAGAAGGAGGGUGGGGCUAACCCUCAAGACGAUGGAGGUGAGAAAGACGUAG